AUGUCUAAGUCCGGUGUUGAGCAGCAGAAAAAGGCAGCCUCUGCAGCUGUGCAGCAAAGUGACAAUAUUACCCACGCUUUGGCAGGUGCUGGUGGUGGCAUUCUGUCGAUGGUAUUGACAUAUCCUCUGAUUACCCUCUCAACGCGAGCCCAAGUUGAGUCAAAGCGUGCACACUCCACCACCCUCGAUGCGGUCCGUCGCAUCGUGCAACGAGAGGGCAUUUCGGGUCUGUACUCGGGCCUCGAGUCUGCCUUGUUCGGAAUCAGCGUCACCAAUUUUGUGUAUUACUAUUGGUAUGAGUGGACCCGGGCUGCCUUUGAGAGGGCUGCCACCAAGGCUGGCCGGGCCUCCAAGAAACUGACGACAGUCGAGUCGAUGAUUGCGGGUGCAAUCGCUGGGAGUGCGACGGUGCUGCUCACCAACCCGAUCUGGGUCAUCAAUACUCGCAUGACAGCCCGCAAGUCUGAGGCAGAUGAGCAGGUGCUGCCUGGUGCAAAGAAGGCCCGGCCCUCAUCCAUCAGCACCCUGAUGGACUUGCUGCGACAGGAGGGUCCGAAGGCGCUUUUCGCCGGGGUGCUCCCGGCACUCGUCCUGGUGAUCAAUCCGAUCCUGCAGUACACCAUCUUUGAGCAAUUGAAAAACCUGGUGGAACGCCGUCGCCGGAUGACCCCUAAAGAUGCAUUCUACUUGGGUGCCCUGGGCAAGAUCAUGGCUACCAGUAUCACCUACCCCUACAUUACCAUCAAGAGCCAGAUGCACGUGGCUAGUAAAGAUGGCCCCAAGGAAAGUCUGAAUGGUAGUUUGAAGCGCAUCAUUCACGAAGAGGGAUGGACGAGGCUCUACAAAGGGAUUGGGCCUAAAGUGACUCAGAGCGCCAUUACUGCGGCAUUCCUCUUUGCAUUUAAGGAUGUAUUGUAUGAUAUGAUGGUGUCUGCGCGCAAAAGAGGCCGUGGAAUUGGCAAGUAA